AUGUUAGAAGGCCUGCCUAGAAGAGAUAGAAUAUCACGAGUGACCAGGUACACUUUAUCUAGAAGAAACGAUGUGAACAUCGGAACGAACAAGGUCCGGUCCUCACGAGAACAGCGCUGCAGGGCGGAGGAGGUUGCGGAUGGGCUCGCUAAGGACGAGGUGGGAGAUGAGCUCGGCGUGGUCGAAGAGAAGUUGGGCGUCAUGGGUAUGGCCAUUGGGGCAGGGUUGAUCUCUGCGAUGCCAGUGGAGAAGUCGGCGGGCUGUGUGAAGAUCAUGGUCAAGACCAACAAGACAGAUCGCAAAACACGGCGAGCGCACCCAUGGAACCUCGUCGUCAGCUAG